CAGUACCUGAAUGAGAGGGAACAUAUCAUCAGACCACCUCUGUCAUCAUCUUAUUCCAAACAUCAUCAAAGCACACAGGACAACAAAACAAAGUUUGCCUUCCUCUGGUUGUGUUUUGGUUCCAAAGAUGGCCAAGACUGAGACACAGCAGAACCAACCUCAGCCUCCCCCAGGAUAUCCGACCGAGAAUCCACCCGUUAAGGGGCGGAAGAAGUUCUUCAGUCGCUCGAAGCCCAAGGGAGAGAGAGGCUUCCUUGAAGGAUGCCUCUUCGCGCUGUGUUGUUGCUGGAUCUGUGAAGAAUGCUGCUUCUAAAUGACGAACCUAUCUAGCUAAUACCAUCAUAUAUAUAUAUAUAUACAUUGAUUACUAAGGGUUUGGGUUUUCACUGUGUGUGGGGUUAUGUACCGUAAAAACCCGUGACAGUUGUGCCAUUAUAUUUAGCUUGCCGUAAGAAAUUAUUCUUCUUGAUUGGAAUUACUAUAUACAACAUCAAGUUCUGCUUUUA